AUGAAAAACGUUCAGAUGGCUGAAAAUAAGGAAGAACAAAAUCUAAUUGCUUGUCAAUACGACAACGAAAUUUAUUUCUAUACAAUACGCUCUAUCCAACCCAAUACAGAAUUACUCUUUUGGUACAGUCAUGAAUAUGCACAGCAUUUACGAGUUGAACAACGAUUAAAUGAAGAAAAUGAAACUGAAAAAGCUCAAAAAGAGCAACAAACUACUACAGAUUUAAUGAGAGAAAAAUGCUCAACACCAGAGCGUUUGCCUGUUUCAGGAGGUGUAAGCAACUGCGGUAGUAAUUUGAGAAAGACAAACUCUUUGCUCAUUGGCUCUUCCAACUCUCAACAUUCACAUCAUUCACCAGUUGCUUCAGCUUCAUCAACUUCUGACUUGACACCUUUAUUUAGCGAUGACUUUAUUUCUAUCAAUUCGAGUUCAGAAAGUUCUUCACCUACAAGCCCCCCACCCGGUCAAUCACAACAAAAUCAUCGUCAUCAUCAUCAUAACAAUAACCAUAUUUAUGGCCAUUCCCAUAAGGGAGAACUUCAACGUCAUCUAAGUUUUUCUGAAAAAUUAACAAAAGUAGAUAACCACUCUUCCUUAUUUCAUCAAAAUAAUAACCGUCCAAAUGUAAUUAUUCAACAACAAUCUUCCUCUUCGUCCUCUUCAACUUCUUCAGUACACCGUCCUGUUCCCUUACGUCUAUCUAGCCCACAGGCACCCACCACUCUUCUACCUACGGCUCUGGGCUCUGCUUUGGCAAAUUUGCCCUCUUUGGGAAGUUGUCCAAAUUCUUCUCUAUUACAAACCCAAACAGCUCCUUCAUUGGCAUCCCUAGCCUUUUCAUUAGGCCAUAGUGCCUUUCUUCGUCCAACUUCCACAUCUUCCAAUAUUUUGUCUUGUAAUAAUUUUUCAACUACAACAACAUCAUCCUUGGGAACAUCUUUAUUUUCUUCUUCUACACCUUCACUUCCUUUUCCUCAUCAAAACAACCCUCUUCCCUCCAAUAACAAUAACUUCCCUUCAGUCUCCUCUACAGCUAUGGAUAGUCUUCACAAUCUAAUAUGGUCAAGACGUUUAGCACUUGCAGCAGUACAACAGCAACAACAACAACAAUUUGGAAAUUGGUUACAAACUAGUGGACUUGCUGCUACCAAUAAUGGCAAUUCAGCUAACAAUUCUGCAACACCCUUAACUACCCAUCUACUCAAUUUACAAGCUAUUGUUGCCCCAACAAAUAAUCCAAAUUCUUCGUCUUUGAAUCAAAAUGGAGGAGGAAUUGUUAAUGUAGGGGGAGGAGGAGGACGGGCUGCAGCUGAACAACAUUUAAUUCCAGCUUUAGGCUGUACAGCGGUGGCGUCAGUACCGUCGAUAUUACCCUCUCGCAACAAUAAUGCACUUUCUUCAUCCCAACAACAUACUAACAAACAACAAAACAUCCAUCAAACUCGAUCCUUGGCACAAUCCCCAUCAUCACUCUUUGCCGCUGUAGCUGCAAUGUUGCCUCAACAACAACAACAAAAUCGACAAGAUAACGAAAAUCAUUACAAUAUUCGUCACCAACAACAAUUCCCUCAUCAAACUCCUCAUAUACGUCGUCCUCCUAUAAAUAAUGGGGGAUUAUUAACAGAAAUGAGAAGCGGAGAUUUGAUAAAUAUUGGACGUUCAACAACAACAACCAACCAAGCAACUUCGAUCCAGUCAACUUCAAUUCCUCCUACAGAAGGAAUUUCUUCUUCCUUUGCUGUAGCAGCUGAACUUAGACAAUCUUUGCAGGCAUAUCAAGCUGCGUUGGUCGCGGCUGCUGAACGUGUUGCUCGUAAUGAAGAAGGUGGAGGAGGAGGGUUUUGGCAUUCACAACAAGUAGAUGGAAGGACGCGUUAUGAGUGUAAGGAAUGUUCAAAACCUUUUGGUCAGUUGUCAAACUUAAAAGUCCAUUUACGAACACAUACUGGAGAAAGGCCUUAUAAAUGUAGUAAAUGCAAUAAAGGAUUCACUCAAUUGGCACAUUUACAAAAACACGAUUUGGUACAUACCGGGGAAAAGCCUCACCGUUGUGAGGUCUGUGACAAACGUUUCUCUUCUACUAGCAAUUUAAAAACACAUCUUCGCUUACAUAAUGGACAACGCCCUUAUAGUUGUGAUCGCUGCAAUCUUUCAUUUACACAGCUUGUACAUUUAAAACUACAUCAACGCAUACAUUCUAAUGAACGUCCCUUUACAUGUACUUCAUGUGGCCGUAACUAUAUUAGCCCUAGUGGUUUACGUACUCAUUGGAAAAAUACUGCUUGCCGUCCACUUGCUAACGAAUUAAAUUAUUUACAAAAUUAUGUUGAUGGUUUGGCUGGGGCGGGUACUGGGGAACGUUAUUGCCCUUCAACAGCUUCUAAUGUUAGGGUUUUGAGCCCAUCAAAUAUGGAGAUGGAAAGACAACAAGAAGAAUAUGAAGAAAAUUGUAGUGUUAAUGAGGAAGGAUUAUUUAUGAAAGGUGAAAUUGAGGAAGAGAGUGUAGGCGAAAAUGAGGAAGAAAUUAUAAAUGUGGUAAUUUUAAAAAUACAAAAUAAUAAAUACAAAUUGCUAUAG